CUAGAGACAUGGCUCCAUUCAGAGAAGGAGUGGGAGAGAGAAAGGGCCUUGCAGGCCACCAUCCAGCUGCUGACUGCCUAUCAAGAGACAGUUCAUAGCACAACUCAGGGAACUUUUGAUCAGUUUGGAUCUCUGAUUGGACUAAUAGCACCAUACAGCUGUGAUUCGCUGGCCACGUCCCGUCAGUGGGUGGUUGACUGUAUCAGCUGCCUUCUCUGUAUACAAGGCCAGUCCAUAAACCUGGGCUCAGCAGAGGAGGAGCUGAGAUGUCUCCGUGAAGCACUAACAGCUCCAGACCCCGAGGCUCUGUUUCAGGCAUCUUCCAAAAUGGCCAGGGUUGUUAGUGAGUACUUUCCCUCCGAACAGGCCACAGACUUUAUUGCGGCCACAUUGGGUGGUCUGCUGUCUGCUAGCCCCACCUGUGCCACGGCAGCUGGACUAUGGAUGAAGAUCAUCCUGAAGGAGUGUGGAGAUGCCAUGCUGGACAAGGUGCCAGAUAUCCUGGCUAUACUAUAUCGCCACAUGCCUACUAUCCAGGAGGGCAGCUUGAGGCAGUUCCUGGUGGAGGCAGUGUCCAUUCUAGCUCACCAUCACCAAGAGGCAGUGAUCUCCAGCCUCCUCAGCAAACGUCUGCCGAUGGACAGUGACACCGCUGAGCAGUGGAGAUCUCUGGGGGGAGACCCCUUGCUUGCCACUCAAGUCCUACGAGCCCUAAUAGAGAAGAUAAAGACUCCAACAAGAACAGAAGGCAGCAUCACCUCAGAGACCGAAAUUGACAGGCAUUUGGCAGCUGCUGAACCUCUCUUAGCAACAUGUGCCAUCUUUGAGGUGGUGUCAGCCCUGCAGUCGAGCAAAGCUGUGCGGGAACUGCUCCCAGAGUUGUUUCCUCUUCUCCUGCAGCAGGUCAGCCAAACCCUCGGACAAAAGCUGCCUUUGCCAACGAGAAGCAGCCCGAGAGAAAUCCGAAAAGGGCUACAACUUACUGAGGGCAACCCUUGCCGGCUUUCUAUCAAAGCAUUCGAGUCUGUGCUUUUCAAGGGUGGGAAUGAGAGACUGGUGAGAGCGCUCAGGAAGCAGAGAACUUGGAUUCUUCUGGAAAACCCCAAGACUCACCAUGAGGGAGUGUGUCUGCUGGUGAGUCUUCUGCUAAGAUCUGGACUCAUAACACCUGAGAUCAUACAGAGCCUCCUCCGCUGGGUGAAUUCCCCCACAGAAAACCACCAAGUCACCAGCACAGCUUUCCUUGCCCAGUAUCUGAGUACCUCCAAACUCUUUAAUGUCUGUAUCCCCACCACACUCCUGCGAGCACUUAAGUGUAUCCCUUUUGUGGGAAUGAUCCUGAACGGCAUGAUCUCCAUGUUGGAGUUAGUCGAGGACAGCAGGAUGAGACAAGCAUUUUGUGGUGGUGAUGCUCAGUAA